AUGGACUUAACUCCUCCAAAAAAACUUAGAAAACAUGUAAGAAGAAUUGCUGCAAUGCCUUCAUUACCUCUAACAGACAUACAGUAUUUAGACAAUACAUUAAAUAAAAAUUCAUUUUCUUUACCAGAGAUUUCCUCUCAAGUAAAAUCAGUAAAUGAAUUACUACUUGAAGGGAUAAAACAAAAAGAAGAAAGUAAUGUAUCAAGUCAUAAGUACGGAAGAAGUUCUGAUACCUCUCAAUACUCAAGAAGGAAUAUUAGACCCUCAAAGAUUCAUACCGAACCUGUUAAAAGAAGUAUUGAUGAUAUUUCAAAAGAUAUUGAAAAUAAAUUGAAAUUAACUGACUCUCAACAGCUAAUUCCUGAAUUAUGUUUAUCUCCACGUGUUGUUCGCAUUGGAGUACAUUCAAAAAGAGCUGUUUCAAAUGGAUUGUGA